AAGGCACUUGACCUUUCCUGGUUUCACCCGCAGUAUUUAAACUGGUGCAAAGGGAACACACUGGCAAGUGUCUUCUGUUGACAUGACAGAUUCUCCUGGUAGUUCACACAAUGUUCAAAAGGCACAAGUCCCUUGCUUCAGAACGCAAGAAAGAAAUAUUUUCCCGAGGAGCUACAAGGUCCAUCCUGAAGAAUGACUUGAGAAACUUCCACUGUUUGUCGCAUUUUGUGCUCUCAGCGGGCCCUCUAAAAUCAAUUCCAGUAGUUAAACAUUCAAAAACUACGCACUUUGAGAUUGAAGUACUUGAUGCUCAAACAAGAAAGCAGAUAUGUAUUGUGGAUAAGGUGAUACAAACAUCUACUAUUCAUGAUGUUAAACAAAAAUUCCACAAAGCAUGUCCGAAGUGGUACCCUUCUAGAGUUGGUCUGCAGCUAGAACGAGGUGGGCCCUUUUUGAAGGACUACAUAACCAUUCAAAGCAUUGCAACUUCCUCCAUUGUCACUCUCUAUUUUACAGACCUAGGUCAACAGGUCAGUUGGACUACAGUAUUUUUGGCUGAAUACACAGGACCUUUGCUGAUAUAUCUCCUCUUUUAUUUGAGGAUCCCAUACAUAUAUGACAUGAAAGAGAGCUCUAGAAGAUUGCGCCACCCAGUGGUACAUGUGGCUUGCUUCUGUCAUUGUAUACACUAUAUCCGCUAUCUUUUGGAAACCUUAUUUGUCCAUAAAGUUUCUGCAGGACAUACACCUUUGAAAAAUUUGAUAAAGGGCUGUGCCUUUUAUUGGGGAUUUACUUCUUGGAUUGCCUACUAUAUUAAUCACCCACAGUAUACACCACCAUCAUUUGGAAACCGGCAAGUCACAAUAUCUGCUAUCAAUUUUUUGAUUUGUGAAGUUGGAAAUCAUUUCAUCAAUGUAAUUUUGUCUCAUCCUAAUCACACAGGAGUUAAUGCCUGUUUUCCAAGUCCAAAUUAUAACCCCUUCACAUGGAUGUUUUUUCUGGUUUCAUGUCCUAACUACACCUAUGAGAUUGGAUCAUGGAUUAGUUUCACUGUCAUGACACAAACACUGCCAGUUGGGAUUUUUACACUUCUGAUGAGUAUCCAGAUGUCUUUGUGGGCACAAAAGAAGCAUAAGAUUUAUUUGAAGAAAUUCAAUUCUUAUAUGCAUAGAAAAUCAGCCAUGAUUCCAUUCAUACUGUAGUAAAAAUAACUUAUCUUAUCUCAUGUAUAUAAAAAUAGUAUAUAAAUUCACUAAAUCAAACUUGGUCAAUAGUUGACUAUUAUGUAACAGAAAUUCAAAACAUACAGUACUUUUAUUGAAUAAAAAUAUUAAAUGGUAGAUUCUAGUUAAUUUUAGAGUAAUAAACUUGAGGCAAAUAAAAAGUAGAAACUGUAGAUACGACUAAUAAAAGAUACAUCCAAAUA